AAUGACACGCAAUAGCGAGGAACCAAUAAAAAACGACGCGCAAAUACAGGAGUUUUUUAUAAAUUGAGUGAUUAGACAUACAAACAUUAUUGAGUAAUUCGAUACUCAUAAUUUGCAAAACUGUGAAGUGCGGAAACAGUGUCGGACAAGGUGGAACGCCGCAUGUUUUGAUUCUGUGAGGCAUGAGCACGGCAUGACUUCCAUGCCCUGUGUACCUACGGAAGGGCGAGGGCGUGCGGUGCGGAUUACGUUUACUAUGAAUGAUUUUAUCUCUUUCUAAACUGUAGUGUCUGUGAAUGACCGACUGUAACGGCGAGUGUACAAAAUUAUGGAUCGGAACGGCGGCCGUUGAUGCGUUUCGAUAAUAUAGUGCCGUUACGCGAUAGAUAAAAUCUCGGGCUAUCGAAGUGGGAAUCGCGAGUGAUCAUAUGGCGCAGGCGGCUCGGCCGCGGCGCCUCAAUUUCCGUUGUGCAGUCCAAUCUGUCGGGGUAUACACGCGCUAUCGGGAAGAUAGGACGUAUUUUUAGCGAGCCGUCGUCGUUAGUCUUCGGAGCGAAGGCUGACCACGGACGUAAACAAGUGGAGGGUGACCGGGUGGCAUGCGGGGUGCGGCGGGUGAGCGCUGACAUGUCGGCGGCGGCGGUGCCGGCCGCAGGCGCGGGCGCGGCCCUGCGCGCGGGGCAUCUGCGCAAGCUCAAGACCAUGAAGAAGAAAUACUUCGUGCUGCGUGGUGAGACACCUGAGUGCUCAGCAAGGCUUGAGUACUAUGAAUCUGAGAAGAAGUACCGCUCCGGGGCGGUCCCAAGACGGGUAAUACCCUUGAAGAGUUGUUACAACAUCACGCGGAGGCUUGACUUGAAGCAGAAGCACGUGAUAGCACUGUUUACACGGGAGGAGCAGUUCUGUAUAGUUGCAGAGAACGAGCAGGACCUGCAUGGCUGGCUGACAGCCAUCCUAAAGCAGCAUCGAAAUGAUGAUGCCAGCGAAGAGCUUCUUCAUCCAAUACAGCACGUUUGGCAAGUGAACGUCCAGAAGAAGGGGUUGGGCGCGACGAAGAAUAUCCAGGGGUUGUACAACCUGUGCCUGACGGACAAGACGCUCACCCUGGUCAAGAUCAAGAGCCAGAACAACGUGAUCAGCGACCUUGGCAUCCCUGAGCGGGUCGAGUAUUCACUCAAGAACAUUCGGAGGUGUGGCGACUCUGAAUGCUUCUUCUACAUGGAGGUGGGGCGGCAGACGGCGACGGGCGCGGGGGAGCUGUGGAUGCACUCUGACGACUCCAACAUCGCUCAGAGCAUGCACUCCACCAUAUACCACGCGAUGCGGAACUGCGCGAAAGAGACGGAGAAUGAGCGAGACCACAUCGUGAUCCCGAAGCGAUCCGACUCGGAGAGCAGCGCAGCGCCCCCCGCGCGGCGCCAGACUUACUCCGACGCGCGCGGCCGCGCCGGACUCGCUAACGCCGAAAACCAACCGCCGAAUAACUCACUAACUCAGGAACAUAAGGACACCCCGCCCAGAGUCAUUAAACAUCAUCGAACUAUAUCCUUGCCCACUGGAUGCCCGCUAUUCCAAGAGCCGUUGAAGAUAGUCCACGAGCGGACAAGAUCAGCGCCUCUGACCGGGGACGAAGUAGACCGAGCGAUCUUAGAGAAGUCAGUGACGCAUUCGUCCUGUAAAGCGGUCAAUGGAACGGAUGUGUUUGCGAAGAAGUCGCAGUGGUCGCGCCGCGCGAGCACGGGGACUCGCUUGUCCAAACUGUCUCCAGCCCAUUCCAAGAACGCGGGCCCGCUGCGCAACCGAUGUGACAGCAUGCCGUCGCGCGCCUGCUCCUCAUUCGAGAUCGAGCGGCCGCCGCAGAGGCACAACGACAAUGACAGUCUAGACACGUCACGGGACGAGGCAGACUCGAUAGAGUGGCACCGCACGCCACGGAUACCAGAGGAGCCUGACUUCUGUGACCCCGCCAUCAGGGACCUGAUGAGCACGUCACUUCGCGGCAGCUCAAUCCAGCACUCGCGGACGUCCUCCAUCGGCGUUGACGACCCGCCGGAGAGCUGUCCCAUACCUGACGGGUAUUUACCCAUGGCGCCGCACACUAGCCACGAACCAGGAGGCCUGGUGUCAGCCAGCAGUGGCUCCGUCUGUAGCGGAACGCCUUCCACCGACCCGCGUUUCAGUGAGUACCAGCUGGAGCCGGCGACGUCGCACAUCGUGGAGACGGAGCGUCCGCUGCGCGCGUACAGCGUGGGGUCGCGGCCGGCGCCGCGCGCCGACCCCCCGCGCCACCGCGCCUACAGCGUGGGCGCGCGCGCCCGCCCCGCGCGCCCCGCGCCGCAGGCCAGCUCCGCGCCGCUGCUGCCACGGGCGCCGCCGCUCGACCUCAUGGAGCUCGACUUCUCCAACAACUGCCCUGCCAAGGUGGUAGUAUGUGGCACGCCUCCCCAAGCGGGCUUCCCAGCACCGAGUGUGGGCAUCACGGCGCCGCGUCCUAAGGCGGUGGAUGAGUACGUAGACAUGUCGCCGCGUAACGCCGGCUACGUCGAGAUGCGGCCAGGCGACUUAGCGCCGCCGCCUCAGGCGCAGACUCCUGAUGGCUACGUAGAAAUGAACUACGGCCGAGCGGCGACGCGUCCCAUCCCGAUCACCACAGCCCGGCCCGCGCCGGCGCCUGCGCCCGUACUCGCCGCCUCGCCGGACGACAGGCGACGGAAGAACGGACGAGAAAGCCGAACGCCGCUAGGCUCGCAAACCCUAUUCCCCCUUUCUUUAGACUCACCAGCGUCCCCACCAGAAUUGGAUGCUACGGAUGUCUUUGAUGAGGAUUCUCAUGAAGCUCCACAUCAUCCUCUCUCAACGGUUAGAGAGAUUUCGGAAGAGGGCGGCAGGAAGAGUCCGGAGGUGUCGUCUUCUCCGUCAUAUGUGAAGCUGGUAUAUGGCAGUAAGCCCAUAGCAGCCCCCAAUAAGACGCCAGAAGCGGGGGAUGAGUUGUCCUGUAACCCGCUGGCGAAUAAAACGCUGGCACGGGCAGACCCCGAGAGAGCCCCGGAGGCGAGCACGGCGACGGUGGUGCUGGCGGGCGCGGGCGGAGCGGCGGCGCGGUUCAGCGUGUGCGCCCCCGCCCCCGCCCCCACGGCCACGCCCGCCGCGGCCCCCGCCGCCCCCGGGGGCCCCUUGGGGGCGCCGCUGAACUACGCAGCGCUGGACCUGGAGCCCAAGAAGGCCCCCGCCGUGCCCGCGCACCGCACCUACACUAAGAUAGACUUCGCGCUCAGCGAGAAACUCCACGCCGCCGAUGCUAACUAAACGUCACCUCGCACGUUACAAGUAACGUUAUUAUACUUAAGUACGAAUAGUAGUCGACUGCCAUUUAAUUUAAGGUGAUCCGGACACUUAGUGCUGUGAUUGGAGACUCGGUUACGUGUGUGAACACUGAAGGAGUUGCAGGAAAAGUUAUACAGAUAGUGGGCGAUCGCGAUGACUAAAUAUAAAAUUAUAUAUAUAAAAUAGUAAAUACUAUAUAUUUAUAGUAAAUACUAUAUGAACAGUUAUUCGACUUCUGUAAAGUUAAUUAUAGUAUACUGUUUGGUAAGUCGCGCGUCAUAGCUUCCGAUGCUAGUUAUUAGGGAGUUAUUGUCUGUUGAACAUAAUCGUGAUUGUAUAUUUCAACAUAUUGGCGGGAAUUGACAUCAGUUAAUAAAUCGCAGGGAAUGCAAUAGGUGUUGACGGCGCCUAUAUAAACCUCUCAGCUAAAUGCGUACCUUUUCCUACAACCUAGAGCGUUGUGUACAAGGGGGUUAAAAAGGCCACAUUGAAGCAAUUCAUUUAAAAAUGCAAUUUUGCAAUUUGUCAUGUGCGCAAUGCAAACAAAUUUCAAAUAGCAAUAUCGCUUUUUUAGAUGAUUUGUUUUAAUGCGCCCUUUUUAACCGCCCAGAUCACAUUUAUUUUUCACCUCUCGGACUAUUAUUAGACUUACAAGCGUAGCUUCUGUUACUAAAUACUAACUAUCGUUUAUUCACUUUAGUGUUGAACCACAUUUGGCAGCACCUCACAGCACUUUCCUAUGUUUCUAUCUUUUUCUGUCACUCAUAACCGUCAUUUGCUAGAGCGAGAGAGAGCGACCGCACGCGGCAGAGUCGACGAAGCGAUAGCGUGCCGAAGCGUGUGGUCGCUUUCUCACUUCAUGGCCGACGGUCGACGAUUCCCUCCAUCAGCGCUUAUCACCAUCGACCCACUAGGGUCGAUUAAUUCUUUCAAAUAUUUUUCCUCUCAGACGACGCUCUGAGCUGAGGUUUGCGCCCAACUGGGCACCCUCAGGCCUGUUUCCUUAAACGUUGUACAGGGUUCAGAGCCUUCAGCGCUCCCCAUUUGUCCGGCCAAGUAGCUAAUGCCAUCUGCGGCAAAUCCACAAUAAGUCACGUCAAAUAAGUCGCUCUAUCACGCUUCAGCAAAUAACAGUUCUGAAUAACAGAAAGGGAUAGAAGAAUAGAAAAGUUCGAGGAGAUGCUGACAGAUAUGGUUUAACCGUUAUUCAUCGUUCUCUCACUAUUUUUAUUGUAAAAUUUUCAUUUAACGGCUCAGUGUUUGUACAGAAAAUAUUAUAAUUACAAUGGUGCUAAUUCCUGUAAACACCAUCUAAUUUUAUUUUAAGUUAUAUCUGUCAUUUUCUUAUCCGUCGAAAACGAAAGGGACGGGUAAUCGACAAGCAUAAAAUUUAUCGUCAAUUUUAAGCAAAAAUUUAAAACAACCGUCUAAAAAUUUGACAUUGGCCAAUAAGCACUCGUCAAACGGUUUGUGUACCAGCGAGAAACCUUUUUAAUUCGCCCGGGUUAUUCAUUCAUUUACUCAUUCUUCCUAAAAUUAAGAGCUGUUAAUCAUCCGUCCCUUUCCUUUUAGGCGGAUAAGAAAAUGACAGGUAUAACUUAAAGUAAAAUUAGGAGGUGUCUGCAGGAAUCGGGGCCAAUAUGACAUUAAGAAGAAAUUACGCCAAGUCUAACUUCCAAUAUAACAUUUGUCUAAUUUAAUUGAUUGCAAUAACUAUUCGUUUCAUAAGGUUCAUGUUUAGGUGUACUUUGGUCGAGUGGUUGUAGGCCGAUUUGUUGCGCGACUAAUUUGGAAGUUUACAUCCUGAUAAAAAAAACUUUUAAAACCUGAACUAUAAAUUAGCAUGAUAAAAUUACUAUUUGAAUAUCGAAACUUGAUAAUCGAUUUAAAAUUACGUAACAGCCAAAUAACAGUCCGUGUUAUCAUAUGUAGUAGUAGACAUAGAAAAUGACAUAAAAAAAAAACAAUAUAAUCUUACGUUGAUGUCAUCUAAAUGAGUAAAAAAUAUGAUAAGAAAAUUUAAAAAAAUCUUGUAUUUUUUUCCUCGAAAUGGCCUUUUGGCGAUUAUGUAAUUUUGCCUUACCAGUUACGAUAUCUAUCUCGCCUUCCCGCUAUUGAACAAAGAUCUACAAUUUAUCAUAGCUUCGCGACAGAUCGCGUCUCAUCACCCGACCAUAGACUUUCUCAUCUAUCGUAAUAUUGUCAUAGACGAAAAUUGUACCCGGGUCAAAAUCAGAUACUUGGGUAAAAACCCGGUAAACCCGGACUAAACAGGUGUGUGGGUUGUGUAUGUCGGGUAAAUACCCAAGUACCGGGUUUAAACCCGGGUAAAUUGCCCAGUUAUAAAUAUUGUAUAAAUAUUCUCUCUACUACAAUCGCAAAAUUUCAACUUCUAAAUUGAUAUAUGAAAAUAAAUGUCCACGAGAUGGUCACUAUGGAGUGGUUGACUGCGGAGACAGUAACGAAAAUAACGUAAAUAUUAAUUACUAAACGCCUUGAACCGGUACUACGCUGAAGAAAUGAAAAAAAAAACUUGAAUAUAUUGCGAAAAAUAAUCGUCCGUCUUCCUAAAAAACUGAGCUACAAAUGGCUCUCCGUAACUUAGCCAUGUUUGUGCAAACUGCAGAAACUGUCAAAACUUGUGUAUGCACAAAAACACUUAAGGUUCGCGCCGCGACAAAGACAAGAGACCGCGACCGGAGACCGCGACCGAAGACCGCGACCGAAGACCGCGACCGCAGACCGCGACCAAAGACCGCGACCGAAGACCGCGAGCCACCUUUAGGCAGGGCUAGGCAGAGCUAGGUGUAUAAUUCACACACCCGCUCCUCGCCAGCUAUGUUUAAAUUCCAUGUAAUAGUAGGCGAUCCUAUGGCCAUUAACCGGGCACUAGUCCUGGAAACCACGUGAUAUCAAUUGUCUAUAAGCCUAACAUGAAUUCAAACUCAUACAGUCGAAUUCAGUGGUUUAGAUAGAGCCCGAGAUUCGAGUUGAACAACAUAUCUUCAGCGUAGGAUUCACGAGACAGGCACCUGUAUAUGCUACGGUUGUGAGAGAGGCCUAACGUAGUACACUCAAAUUUUAUGUUCCCUAACAAAAUACUACCUAUUGUGUUCUUAGGAUACUAUUUUCACUAAACACAGUGCAAUUUUUACCGAAAGUUUUUAAUGAAAAUAAUGAAGUUAUUUCUACAUUGUUAUUGUUUGUUGUGCCUGCACUUGAUUUUGUCCAUACGGGGUUACACUUAAAGUUGUUUAUGUUUUGUACGUUAUAUGUUGCUGAUUCCUUCUUCUUUCGUGUGGGUUGUGAGGUGGAUUACCAACCCUAUCAACCCUUCCGAUUCCUUUAAAAAAACCGUUCUUUUUGUGUAGUGAGGUCGGCCACACUUCGUAUAAAGCACGCACUUUACUGGCCAAUAUUGGUUGGGAAAUCUAAAUGUACUUCUAUUUUAAGCUAUUUUAUCUAUUCAACAUGACUAUCCCAAUUGGGCUAGUCAAAGGUAAUGUAGACGACAGGUCGACAUGGCAAUUCUCUAGUGACGUGACGUUUUCAAUAUCGAUAUAUUUUUAUUAUGUAUGUAACAAAAUGUGAAUAAAAUAAUACCACGUUUUCAUUUAAGUUAAUAUUUAUUCAUCUGAAUCAUCUAACGUCCGAUUGACAGAAAAUUUGUAACAAUUAGUUUUCCGUUCAAUGUCACAAUUUUCUAACACUUUUCUAGCUAGUUCUCGAGCUUGAGAGUGAAUUAUUGUUUUUUUUUUGCUUGAACACGCGACGAAGAUGCAACCGUAGCCAUUUUUAAAACACAAUAGUAAUAAAUUAUGUGAGCGAGAUUAUAAUCGAUAAACGCGGUCGAUACGGACUCGUGCGACACUAAGACUAAGACGCCGCGGGGACUGUGCGGGUGUGCGGGGCGACCCCGCCUCCGCGGCUCACCUCAUGCCCCGAUUGCCAUGUCGACCUGUCGUCAACAGUACAUCAUCGAAAGAUGAACCCAGUACCUACACCUCACCAAACUUUCUAUUAGACCAACGUGAUAAGUGAACGGUACCACCGUCUAUGUUGAUCGAGUGACACUAUCUAUUUGUGUACAUAUUAUCUUAUUUAUCUUACUAUCGCUCAUUUAAACUACCUCAUUAAUUUCUUAAUUAUACAAUUGGGGCUUGACUUCCAUAUUCAAGUAUGUAAUCCCGAAUGGACAUGAUUCUUAGUGUGACAAGUAAUCAGACAGAUAUUAAUUACAACUAUUUUAGUUUAAUAUAAACUAAACUAACAUCUUCCCGCCAAAACCUUCAAAAAAAUGAAUGAUGAGAGGAAUGGCAAUUACUCCACCGACAAGAGCGCAGAUCUUAAAUAGAGAGAGAGAGAUAAACUAACAUAACAUAGCUUCAGACCCAAGAAGGGGUAGACAGAUAUGUAUAGUACAGUCAUGAGCAAUAUGAUGUACCCACUUUAGAACUCUGUCGCACUAUCAUAUUUGACAUUUAAUAAGACUUACGGUUUAAUUUGUCAAAAAAGUUAAUGUGAUAUGGUUUCAAAGUGUAUAAAUAUUAGUACUCGUGACCGUACAUACACCAACUCAUCGCGAACUAUGUUUACUUCCCAUGUAAUAUGGGACGGUCCUAUUGCGAUUAAUCGGCCACAAAUCCUGGAAAACACGUUAUAUCAAUUAUCUAUGAUCGAAACGUGAAUCCAAAAUUAGUAAAGUCGAAUCCGGUUGAUUUAAACCCGAGCUGGGAUUUAAACCCGUGACCUUACGGUGUAAGUCGCGCGUUCUCCUGACAGGGCUAUCACUGGUUACACAAAAUAUGUUAUAUUGUUCCUUGCCUCAAUAGCAUCACCAUCACCAUCAUCAGCCCAUUAACGUCCCCACUGCUGGGGCACGGGCCUUCCCUAUAGAUGGAUGGGGAGAUCGGGCCUUAAACCAUCACGCGGGCCCAGUGCGGAUUGAUGGUUAUUAACGACUGCUAAUGCAGCCGGGACCAACGGCUUAACGUGCCUUCCGAAGCACGGAGGAGCUCGAGAUGAAAACUUUUUUUUGUGGUCACCCAUCCUAUGACCGGCCUUUGCGGAAGUUGCUUAACUUUAACAAUCGCAGACCGCUGCGCCACCAAGCUCCUCCUCAAUAGCAUAUUUUUUUGGAAUUUGACUCUGGGCGAUCUGCGAAAACCCACAAUGGGAGGUUUUCGCAAAUCGCCCAGCGUUCGCCCAUGUAACGUAGGUAUAAUAGUACGUCAUUCUGGAACUCUUGCUCUGAGGUAUUUUGAUUACUUGUUAUACAGACAAUCAAGUGUUCAGGCUGAGAUAAUAAUAUUUCUGAGCUUGCCAUUUAGAAUUUACGUCACAAAUGUCUUUUUUAAUAACAAUUCGUUUUCCAUUGGUUUUUAUGAGACGUGAAAUUAGAAAUGAAAUUUCUUUUUUUUACUCGCCGGGCUGGACCGUAUGAUUUGAAACCAAAAUAUUCUAAAGAACAGGCUCAGAUAUUGUGUUAUGUACGUAAAUUAUGUGUUCACACAAGAUUAAUACUGUUUUUUCAUAUUACUGGUUACAUCAAAAUUUAUUAUAGGAAUAUUUUGCCAGAAUGUUGAGAUUUUAACACACAGCGGUCACUUUUUCUUAUUUGUUAUUCUAUUUCGUCGAUAGGUUCUUGAAGGGAUUCGAUCGAGUUCGUGAAACGAUUGAGUUUGACUAUGCAAAGAUUUUAUCGUAUAAACAUGCAGAAAAUUGCAAAACUAAAAUAUAUUAAUAAAUUUUGAUAAAAUGGAAACUGUAUGUACAUUAUUCGCGUACAAAUUCAGAAACUUAUUUUAUUGUACAAAGAUAAUUCUUAUUUUAAAUGAUCGAACUCCUUUUAAGUUUCUUGUUGCAUUUUUGCAAUUAUUAUUGUUCAUUUGUUAUACGUCAGUAUAUUAUAGGUUAGGGUGCCUGCCUACAGUACGCCAUUUUAAUUAUAAACACAAAAAUGUGUUUGCAAUUUUAAUAAAAUAUCAUAAACCCUGUUAUAUAUUAGAUUAUAUAAAGUUAUACAUCUUAGGACAUUCGUUACUUGAAAGUACGUGGAAAUAUAUAAUUUGAUCUAUUUUAAAACUAAAUAAUUGAAUGGAAUGAAACAAAUAAUUAUAACAUUUUUUAAAAUACGAAUGAUUUAAUUUAAUGACUUUCACAUAAAAAUCUAAAGAUUUGCUAGAACAUGGUCAUAUAUGGUAUAAUGAAUAAGGCACCCUAUAUGCGAGUAUAUUCAUGAUGCAUCUACAACUGUCUUCGUUUUAUGUAUGUACCUAUAGUGUUUGCUAAAUCCUCAACUUUGGUUCAAUAAGUGCAAUUACAUAUACAGGGUGUUAGUGACAUCGUAACGAAAACUUUGAGGGAUGAUUCAGGCCAUGAUUCUGAGUUGGUAUCAAGUGGACUUUUCCGUCGCAAAAGUAUGGAACGGAAAAUAAUUUAAAUAAGCUCUAAAAUUUUCAUGACUUCUCCGACAGGAAAUUCCACUUGAUAUCGACUCAGAAUCAUGGUCUGAAUCAUCACUCAAAGUAUUCGUUACGAUGUCACUAACACCCUGUAUAUUCUAGACGUUAGCAUGAUUUGUGUGGCUUCAAAAAGGUAAAAUAUCAACAAAGUAAUAAUAUUGUUUGCUUCUUGAUAUUUGUUAAGUCUUUUAUUGACUCGUUUUAAAGAUAAUUUGUUGUUAGGUAAUUAUAUAUAUCAAAGCCAAGCAUUUCAAAGUUACAAAACGAGAAAUUACUACUGAGGCCGUGUCCAUAUUAGGCUACAGUUAGCUCUUGCCUGUUUGCCCCUUGUUCGGGCACCCUAAUUAUAUUUUAAAUGGAGUAUCCAUACAGCGCGUACUGUACGCAGUUUGCGGCGUCGCAGCGAACGAUGCACUUAAUUGAGACGCCGCUCUGUUUCCGUCAGCGGGCAAUCAGUCGCUGACUAUGAGCCUAAUGAGGAGACUACGCAAAAGUAACCAUUUGUUCCUAAAUAUACACAUUACCAUAAUGAAGGCCAUACACAUCACGUGAAUCGUAUUCAGAAACAAUGUGGAUAUAACAUUCCGAUCUUGCAGCGAUAUGACUAGUCUCGUGUGUUCAAAUACUUCCUAAAUCUGUAAUAGUUUAGUUUCUUAGAUAAAACUUGUCGCGCUCGAAACAAUAAGUUAAAGAAAUUAAAGAUGUAAUGGGACCUGUAUAUAAUGCCUGACUGAGUCAACACCAAAUUUUUAUAUUAAAAAGUUAUUUAUUGUGAAUUUCAACAUGAGCGUUUACAGCCGCAUUUUUUUCUGGUUUGAACAUUGUAUUGACCAAUCACAGACGUCUAUAAUGACGUGAUAUUAAGGGUUUACAGGUGGCCAAUCAGACUGGGUGCUUAGGUAAAAAUAAAAACCCAUCGGGUUUUUACCGGGUACUUGGGUAGAAUAACAGUCGUAGGUUAUGGGUUACCCAAUCCAAUAUCAAUGUCAAUGUUAAAACUAGAAAUAUUGGCGCGCGGGGAAAUGACUUCUGCACGGUCUGUAUGACAACCGCGCCGCGCGUGGUGCGAUUUAUAUCGAGGGGCUCGACCAAUAAACGCAGCGAAUUCUAUCCACGUACAUAGACGUCAAACGGCUAUUGGUCAAACCUCCGAUAUAAUUCGCGCCGCGGCGUGGUUGUCGUGCCGCUGUAAAAUAUAUUAGACGUUCAAAGUUUCCCCCACUGUAGAUACUGUAUCAAAUAACAUUUUAAGCUUUAAUUACGCCAGAAAUAAUCACCACAACGGUCUUUGUAUUGAUAUAGACUACCUACUUCGUAUGAUUGUGUGACAUUAACAAUUGUUAAAAACAUGAUAGCGAAUCAAAAUGUUGCUGAUAGGUAGAACAAUUUAAAAUCUGAACAGUUUUUUGAGGGGAGAAGUCAUAAGAUAUUUUUAAAAUAAUUAUGAUGGAAAAAGCAUUGUUCUUAGUUGAUUGAAUAAUUAUUGAGGUUGAAAGUAUGGUAACUAUUUCCUCUUAAAAAUCUGGUUUUGUUUUAUUGUGGGUUCCUAUUUCGUGUAGAUUGAGUAAUAAACUCACAAUUUUGUUACAAAUAAAAUUAUCACUGAAAAGAAACUUCUAAGAACAAUAACACUGAAUGAUAAAGGCCAGACGACAAGCUAGUCAAAUGAGAUACGCUAAAAGAAGUUUCUAUUGUGCAUAGCAUCACGCCUGUAUCCCUGAAGCGGUAGGCAGAGGUGUAAAGUACCAAUACCUCGCCAGCUACGGUCAUGUUAUAUGACGUCAUCAAUAGCAUUGUCAGACGUCCAAUUCUGUAACGUUUUUCUUUACUAAAAUUCAUAAAAAUAUUAUAUUUUAUUUUAGACUUGCUUCUAUAUUUAAAUAAUACUAUUUAUUUUUCUUUUUCUACACAGAACUGUCCUUGAGUCAAUUAACAGUAUUUCACAUUUUAUAUGAAGAAAAUAGGUGCAUAUUUGGAGUUUUAGAAAGCUCGGUAAGGUGUGGGUACUUAGUUAACUUCUAAUUGGGAUAUAGACCGGAGCUUAUGUUGUGUUAUGCCUCUACACGAAAAAGGUACCCAAUGAAGCUGGCACGGAAUAUUAAACAACAUAAUUAAGUAGCGUCAUUUAAACCGUUGGACCUCUUGAGAAGAUUCGGUAUUGUAGUACAAUUGGGCUAAGCCAUUGUUUCAUUUGUUUCUUAGAUGAAUUGCUCUCGAGUGAGGCGUGACUUGCAGUGCGUAGGAGUUGAGAUGUACGGUCAGAUAUUAUGGAGAACAGUGGUUUUUGUAUGGAGUGCCCAGUGUGAUUGAAAAAAUAUAUUUAUAUUAUUAUUUUUUGCAUUCAAUAAAAUACAUAAACAAGCUGAAAUUAGGCAGAAUUAAAUGAGAAAAUUCAGUGAUUAAUAAAAUAUUUUUUAUUCUUCAUCUGUAUCUGGUUGCGAAUCUCAACUCGUACGCAUGUUGAGUUAAGCCAAACGCAGAUAGCUAUACCACCUCGCAUUAUAUAGUACCAUGGUUAGAUUAAUAUAGUAUAGUCAACGAAAGCUAACACUGACCUAUAGACCUUAACAACAGAUUUGUUUCUUAAUAUGAUGUUGACAGUUCUAAAACUGUUGCUACCUCUUUCUUGCACUUAGCGUGAGCAAAGGACGGAGUUAUCUUGGAGCUGUCAGUUUUGCCUGUUCUUUUCAGUAGAAGCGUUCGUUGAUCAACUUCAUCUGUACAUUGUACCGACUUUAUUCCAUAGAGUAAAAGUUGUGUUGGAAAUAGUUAUAGGUAAUCCUAGAUGGGUACGGACUAAGCAUAGAUUUAACGUAGACGUUUGUUGAUAGUCUCCUUUUAAAAUAUGCUGCGGUGUAAAGUUUAGAUAAAUUGUUGAUCAUUCGUUUGUGUGAGGUUAGUUGGUUAAUCCGCGUUUUGGAACUACAAGUUGUCACAGAAUGUCCCUCAAAAGGUCUUUAGGUCGCAAAAGUUUUGAAAAUAUUUUGUGAUCUAAAGAUUUUUUAAACGUAUCAGUUCUGCGGUUGGUAACACUGAUAAUUAUUGGCCAAUGUUGCCAGUUGAGUGGACUUGUCACUUGGAAGUUUGAAAAUGUUAUAAUUUUACAUUCUCUUAAAAUACCCGCUGUCAAUUUACAGUACCUGAACAAGUAUUUGUUUAUAAGAAAAUAUUGGAUAAUUUGUUUAUAUCUCUCGUUGAAAUACAAUUUUCGAAUAUUUAGUCGUAUCUUCGACUAACCUCAUGCAAGGAAACACAUUGUUAAAAGCACAAAAGAUUUAAUAAAUUACGCCAAUGGAGGACUUUCCAAGCCACGUUUCCUAAUAAAAUCAUAGAUGGCGCUACAGGGCUGUACAGUCAUGAGCAAUAUAAUGUACCCACUUUAGGACUCUGUCGCACUAACAUAUUUGACAUUUAAUGAGACUUCAGUUCAAUUAGUCAAAAAAGUUAAUGUGACAUGGUACCAAAGUGUAUACAUAUUAAUGCUCGUGACCGUACAUAACGUUACCUUCAUUUAAUCUUCUGAUUUCAUGGAUUUCAGUCAUAUGCAUCUAUUAUCUUUGUUUUUGGGUAUAAAUUAUGACCCUUGUUAUUACACCCAGGCACAACACAUUUUCCAACCAUUAUUAUUCUGAUCAAAAUAAAUCGAAGCAAUAUGCAACAACAUAAUCCUAUAAAAAUCUGAUCCAAAUAUCACAUUAUAUUUUUAUCCGUGCAAUGAGAACAUAGGUAAUUAUCACAUGGGUGAUUUAUCGCCAUCUAUAUUUUUUUACGGGGAGCGUACCCUGGAAAGUCCCUAAUUCACAUAGCAAGGUCACAAAACAGGUUUAUAACUAUAAAUAUUGUAAAUUAAACAUUUAAAUAAUGCAUAUUCUAAAAGGAGUAGGCUACAUUUACAUUAGUAAGAAUCUUGCGACAUCGAAGCUAGUGUGAAUGAUGCCUUAGGAACGUAUAAAGAGUGUUUGGGAAAUGAGGUUUUCUUUACGAAACGAAAGUUUCCUUGAAAAAUUUAUAUUGUUACAAAAUUAUGCAAAAACACGGUCACAAAACUCACGCCAUUCAUCCCCAUUGGGGUUAGCCUGGAACUGUAUGACAAACUUUUAUAUCAUAUUUAUCGACUGUGUCUACCCGCGAUAGGGAUUGUAUUAUGUGAGUUUAUAUAAUUGUUUUAACCUUUAUGGAAACUUCAUACGCAUCAUUGGUGCUGAUUCCUGGAGAAACCCAACUUAUUUGUGAGUUCUAAAACUAGCUUUAUCUCUGUCUUGCACUCGUAACACUAAAAUAAAAUGUAUGUUUUAUCUGCGAGAAUGGGCACCAUUUUUCGUACGUACACUUUGUCUCUUAUAACCCCUUUCGGUUGAAAAGAAAACUAUAUCCCUAAACAUUACUAAAUAAACAGCUAACUCCGUAACACACGUUAUGACAAAAGUCAAGUAUGAAGUGUAUACUAGUCGCAUUGCAAGUUAAAAUAGAAUUUUGCAUAAAAAUGUUCCUGUAACGGCGUAAUAGUGGUUUUAUAAGGUUUAUUCGUAAGUUGUAAAUGUAAAACAGUUGUAUAGUGUUUGUGGUGUGGCACAUCCAUGAGAAUUGCCGAUACAAGUUUAAACUUGGAACAGUCGCACAUUCUGGGUGGCCAGCUGAAUUUAAAAGCGGCAGUUAUAAACCUAGCCCUGUCUCUUUUUAGUAAAGGACGGAACUAUUUUUAAAGCUGUCAAAUUAAAUGAAGUUUAAAGGCUUAUUAUACUACCCAAUCCGUCAGGAUCGCGGUGUAGCUCAUCGGUGAGCAGGGCCACGAUUUCGCCAUACUUUUUUUACCUACACCCGAUGUAUUGGGCAGUGUAAUAAGCCCUUUAGUCCGUCAGAAUGGCACCAAUACCUUGUUGUUUUUAAAAGAAAUUCGGGCGCAGAAAGCUCUCGAUGUUAUUGGGCCUUGUUCAUGGACACGUGGCAUGGUAGGCGGCAUUCGCGCGGUACAAACGCCUCUGCGUAUACACACUCAUAAAUCGUCAUACGCUUGAUUUUGCCGCCGAAUCCCUCCUGUCUAUAGUGUUACCACACGUCAAAUAAAGCGUGUGCAAGUAUGUUAAAUAGUGCAUAUAUCUGUAUACAUAAUCAAACUACUCUAGAUCGAUUGCGAGGGCUUUCUGUAGACCCAUUGUGGGCACUUGUGAUGCCUAUGCUCGUCGUCACAAGAGCUAAAUUACUCUGCACGGGAGUGGAGGGCAGAGCGUAAACUUGUGUUGUGUUUGAAAAAAGAAUGUAUUUUUUUUACAAAUGGUGCUACUGUUUUGUGUUUUAGUCGAUGAUAGCUUGACCGCUGUACUGGCAUUGUAGGUAAUGUGACAAGUAAGGCGCUCGUUCAAAACGCGCGCCUCAUAUCACACAGUACACACCGCUCCACGACGUACGUACAGCUUAGAUGUAGUUUAGCUUUUGUAACUCGCAACCAUGUUAUAUAGACUGCAUACAUGUUAUCUAGUGUCUCCUUUGGAGUUUUAUUAUCACAAUGUAUGUAACUCCAUUUGUUGGGCUGCAUCAAUGUUGCUAUGGUCAGGUUGGCAUUACUGUUUGUGCCCCGUAAGAAUGUAUGAGGGUAGAAUCUGGUAAUGCCAACAUGGUAGUGACGUUAACGGUCUGGCGCAAAUGCGGGUGUAUCGUUACUCGUCAUUUGAAGCGUGCCACUCGCCGGCGCGCCGGCGUCCUAAACAUGUCUAAAUCUAAUUUUUGGUACGUUACAUUUUGUUUACUUUCAUAUUACGAUUAUAUUGUAAAUAAAAAUAAAAGCUUUGGAUUUG